UUUUAGACCGAUAGACAAAGCUAGUGAGUGGGGUAGUGCUCAGAAUGUGAAUCCAUAUACAAUCAGGGUGGUGAUAUGCUUGGUGAGGUCUUGGAGAUUGUUGAUGGCAGUUGUUUACUCCAGGCGUGACUAUGUCGCAGUGGCUCCUUUUUUUUUCGAAAAAAGUUGUUUUUUUUUUCUUCUCGUACGAUGGGCUCUUUCUUUAGUCUUUUACUUUUCCAACAGGCAGGUAAACCUCUGGAUCAACAUGAUGAUACCGAGGGUGGUGAACCACUGUAGAUAGGGGUGGUAGUGAAUAAAUAUAUUUCAAGCACGAGCCGACC